AUGCCAGCGUUGAAGUCUGACAAUUUCGACCCAUUGGAAGAAGCUUAUGAAGGUGGGACCAUCCAAAAUUAUAACGAUGAACACCAUCUUCAUAAAUCUUGGGCAAAUGUGAUCCCGGACAAACGAGGGCUUUACGACCCUGACUACGAACAUGACGCCUGUGGUGUUGGUUUCGUGGCGAAUAAGCAUGGUGAACAGUCCCACAAGAUUGUCACAGACGCCAGAUAUCUUUUAGUUAAUAUGACCCAUCGUGGUGCUGUUUCCUCUGAUGGUAACGGUGACGGUGCCGGUAUUCUGCUAGGCAUUCCCCAUGAAUUUAUGAAAAGAGAAUUUAAGUUGGAUCUUGAUUUAGACAUACCUGAGAUGGGUAAAUACGCCGUGGGUAAUGUUUUCUUCAAGAAAAACGAAAAAAACAACAAGAAAAGCCUGAUUAAAUGUCAGAGAAUUUUCGAGGAUUUAGCUACGUCCUUCAACUUAUCAGUAUUAGGUUGGAGAGACGUCCCCGUUGACUCUACUAUUCUAGGGGAUGUCGCUUUAUCUCGCGAACCUAUUAUUCUACAGCCGCUCUUGGUCCCAUUGUACGAUGAAGAGCAGCCAGAGUUCAAUGAAACUAGAUUCAGAACGCAAUUGUACUUGCUAAGGAAGGAAGCGUCUCUCCAAAUAGGAAUCGAAAACUGGUUCUAUGUCUGUUCCUUAAACAAUUCCACCAUUGUUUACAAAGGUCAGUUGACGCCCGCUCAAGUGUAUAACUACUAUCCAGAUUUGACUAAUGCGCAUUUUGAGUCUCACAUGGCCUUAGUCCAUUCGAGAUUCUCCACGAACACUUUCCCCUCUUGGGAUAGAGCCCAGCCUUUACGUUGGCUUGCUCAUAAUGGUGAAAUCAACACCUUAAGAGGUAACAAAAACUGGAUGCGCUCAAGGGAAGGUGUGAUGAAUUCUGCAACGUUCAAAGAUGAGUUAGAUAAACUAUACCCAAUUAUCGAAGAAGGCGGGUCCGAUUCCGCUGCAUUGGAUAACGUUUUGGAACUAUUGACUAUAAACGGCACCUUGUCUCUUCCUGAAGCUGUUAUGAUGAUGGUCCCUGAAGCCUAUCACAAGGAUAUGGAUUCUGACUUAAAGGCUUGGUACGAUUGGGCUGCAUGUUUGAUGGAACCUUGGGAUGGUCCAGCAUUACUUACUUUCACCGAUGGUCGUUAUUGUGGUGCUAUAUUGGAUAGAAACGGGUUAAGACCUUGCCGUUAUUACAUCACUAGUGAUGACAGAAUUAUCUGUGCUUCAGAAGUUGGUGUAAUUCCUAUCGAGAACUCAUUGGUUGUUCAAAAAGGUAAAUUGAAACCUGGUGAUUUAUUCCUGGUGGACACACAACUGGGUGAAUUGGUUGAUACUAAAAAAUUGAAAUCUCAAUUAUCUAAGAGACAAGAUUUCAAGUCUUGGUUAUCUAAAAUCAUCAAGUUAGAUGAUCUGCUAUCGAAGACAGCUAAUCUGGUACCCAAAGAAUUCAUACCGCAUGAUUCACUUUCAUUGAAAGUUCAAAGCGACCCACGUCUGUUAGCCAAUGGUUAUACCUUCGAACAAGUCUCUUUUCUGUUGACUCCAAUGGCUUUGACUGGUAAGGAAGCACUAGGUUCUAUGGGUAACGAUGCUCCGUUGGCGUGCCUAAACGAGAAUCCUGUCUUACUUUAUGAUUAUUUCAGGCAAUUGUUUGCUCAAGUGACUAACCCACCAAUCGAUCCAAUUCGUGAAGCAAAUGUCAUGUCACUAGAAUGUUACGUGGGUCCUCAAGGUAAUCUUUUGGAAAUGCAUUCAUCUCAAUGUGAUCGUUUACUAUUGAAGUCGCCAAUCCUACAUUGGAAUGAAUUCCAAGCGCUGAAAAACAUCGAAGCUGCCUAUCCAUCUUGGUCUAUUGCUGAAAUCGAUAUAACUUUUGAUAAAUGCGAGGGUCUAUUAGGGUAUACAGAUACAAUCGAUAAAAUCACUAAAUUGGCGAGUGAAGCAAUUGAUGAUGGUAAAAAAAUCAUAGUAAUUUCAGAUAAAAAAAUGGGUGCCAGUCGUGUUUCUAUUUCAUCUUUGAUUGCAAUUUCAUCCAUUCAUCAUCAUUUGAUCAGAAAUAAGCAACGUUCUCAAGUUGCUCUUAUCUUGGAAACUGGUGAAGCUAGAGAAAUUCAUCAUUUCUGUGUUCUAUUAGGUUAUGGUUGUGAUGGUAUCUAUCCAUACUUAGCCAUGGAAACUUUGGUGAGAAUGAACAGAGAAGGUUUACUUCGCAAUGUCAACAAUGAUAAUGAUACACUUAAUGAAGAACAGAUAUUGGAGAACUAUAAGCACGCUGUUGAUGCAGGUAUCUUGAAAGUCAUGUCCAAGAUGGGUAUCUCGACUUUGGCAUCCUACAAGGGUGCCCAAAUUUUCGAAGCGCUUGGUUUAGAUAAUUCUAUCGUCGACUUGUGUUUCACGGGUACUUCUUCGAGAAUUAGAGGUGUAACUUUCGAAUAUUUGGCUCAAGAUGCAUUCUCCUUACAUGAACGUGGUUAUCCAUUUAGACAAACGAUAAGCAAAUCCGCUAAUUUGCCGGAAAGCGGUGAAUACCACUUUAGAGAUGGUGGUUACAAACAUGUCAAUGAACCGACUGCCAUUGCUUCGUUACAGGAUACUGUUAGGAACAAAAAUGAUGUUUCUUGGCAGCUAUAUGUCAAGAAGGAAAUGGAAGCCAUCAGAGACUGUACAUUAAGAGGGUUGUUAGAGCUAGAUUUUGAAAGUUCUAGUAGUAUCCCUCUAGAGCAAGUUGAACCAUGGACUGAAAUAGCUAGAAGAUUUGCAUCGGGUGCCAUGUCUUAUGGUUCCAUUUCCAUGGAAGCUCACUCCACAUUGGCAAUUGCAAUGAAUCGUUUAGGUGCCAAGUCCAAUUGUGGUGAAGGUGGUGAGGAUGCAGAACGUUCUGCCGUCCAAGAGAAUGGUGAUACCAUGAGAUCGGCCAUUAAGCAAGUUGCUUCCGCCAGAUUUGGUGUGACGUCAUACUAUUUGUCUGAUGCCGAUGAAAUCCAGAUUAAGAUUGCACAGGGUGCUAAACCAGGUGAAGGUGGUGAAUUACCAGCCCACAAGGUAUCUAAGGACAUUGCCAAAACUAGACAUUCUACUCCUAAUGUUGGGUUAAUUUCACCUCCUCCUCAUCAUGAUAUUUAUUCCAUUGAAGAUUUAAAACAAUUGAUUUAUGAUUUGAAAUGUGCUAACCCAAGAGCCGGCAUCUCUGUAAAAUUAGUUUCUGAAGUUGGUGUUGGUAUUGUUGCCUCUGGUGUAGCCAAGGCUAAAGCAGACCAUAUUUUAGUUUCUGGUCAUGAUGGUGGUACUGGUGCUGCAAGAUGGACAAGUGUUAAAUAUGCGGGUUUGCCAUGGGAAUUAGGUCUAGCUGAAACCCAUCAAACUUUAGUCAUAAACGACUUGAGACGUAACGUUGUUGUCCAAACUGAUGGUCAAUUGAGAACCGGGUUUGACAUUGCUGUUGCAGUUUUAUUGGGCGCGGAAUCCUUCACUUUAGCAACUGUUCCAUUGAUCGCUAUGGGUUGUAUCAUGUUAAGAAGAUGUCAUCUAAACUCUUGUGCUGUUGGUAUUGCCACACAGGAUCCAUACUUGAGAAGUAAGUUUAAAGGUCAACCUGAACACGUUAUUAAUUUUUUCUACUAUUUGAUUCAAGAUUUGAGAAAAAUCAUGGCCAAAUUGGGCUUCCGUACCAUCGAUGAAAUGGUUGGUCACUCCGAAAAACUAAAGAAAAGAGACGAUGUGAACGCCAAAGCCAUAAAUAUCGAUUUGUCUCCCAUUUUGACUCCAGCACAUGUCAUUCGUCCCGGUGUCCCAACUAAAUUCACUAAGAAGCAAGACCACAAACUUCAUACUCGUUUAGAUAACAAGCUUAUAGAUGAAGCUGAGGUUACUUUGGAUCGUGGCCUACCAGUGAACAUUGAUGCCUCCAUAAUCAAUACUGAUCGUGCAUUAGGCUCUACUCUAUCUUACAGAAUUUCAAAGAAGUUUGGUGAAGAUGGCUUGCCCAAGGAUACCGUUGUUGUCAACAUAGAAGGUUCUGCAGGUCAAUCCUUCGGUGCUUUCCUAGCAUCGGGUAUUACUUUCAUUCUGAACGGUGAUGCCAACGAUUAUGUUGGUAAAGGUUUGUCUGGCGGUAUUAUUGUUAUUAAGCCACCAAAGGACUCGAAAUUUAAGAGCGAUGAAAAUGUAAUUGUUGGUAACACCUGUUUCUAUGGUGCUACCUCUGGUACUGCAUAUAUUUCAGGUAGUGCUGGUGAACGUUUUGGUGUUAGAAACUCUGGUGCUACCAUUGUUGUGGAAAGAAUAAAGGGUAACAAUGCCUUUGAGUAUAUGACCGGUGGUCGUGCCAUUGUUUUAUCACAAAUGGAAUCUUUGAACGCCUUUUCCGGUGCGACUGGAGGUAUUGCAUACUGUUUAACUUCCGAUUAUGACGACUUUGUUGGAAAGAUUAACAAGGAUACUGUAGAAUUAGAAUCUUUGUGUGACCCUGUGGAAAUCGCUUUUGUUAAGAACUUGAUUCAAGAACACUGGAACUACACACAAUCUGACCUCGCCUCUAGAAUCCUUCGUAAUUUCAAUCAUUAUUUGAAAGACUUCGUCAAAGUCAUUCCAAUUGACUAUAAGAAAGUUUUAUUGAAGGAAAAAUCUGAAGCUGUUAAGGCCAAAGCCAGGGCAACCUCCGAAUACUUAAGGAAAUUCAGAUCAAACCAAGUAGUUGAUGACGAAGUGAACACUUUAUUGAUUGCUAAUCAAAGGGCCAAAGAGCAAGAAAAGAAGAAGAGCAUUAGUAUUUCAAACAAGGCUACUUUGACAGAACCUAAAGUUGUUGAUUUGGAAGAUGCAGUUCCAGAUGCCAAGCAGUUAGAAAAGAAUGGCGAAAGGGUUGAAAAAACGCGUGGUUUUAUGGUACACAAGCGUCGCCAUGAAACAUACAGAGACCCAAGAACAAGAGCCAACGAUUGGAAAGAAUUUACCAAUCCAAUCACCAAAAAAGAUGCCAAAUACCAAACCGCUAGGUGUAUGGAUUGUGGUACACCAUUCUGUUUAUCUGAUACCGGUUGCCCUCUAUCUAAUAUCAUCCCUAAGUUCAAUGAGCUGUUGUUCAAGAACCAAUGGAAGUUGGCACUUGACAAAUUGCUGGAGACUAACAAUUUCCCAGAAUUCACCGGAAGAGUGUGUCCCGCACCUUGUGAGGGAGCUUGUACGCUAGGUAUCAUUGAAGAUCCAGUGGGUAUUAAAUCUAUUGAAAGAAUCAUCAUUGACAAUGCAUUCAAGGAAGGAUGGAUCAAACCAUCUCCACCAGCCACACGUACUGGAUUUACAGUAGGUGUUAUUGGUUCUGGACCGGCCGGUCUGGCAUGUGCUGAUAUGUUGAACCGUGCUGGACACAAGGUCUCAGUUUACGAAAGAGCGGACCGUUGUGGUGGGCUAUUGAUGUAUGGUAUUCCAAACAUGAAGCUGGAUAAGACUAUAGUGCAACGUCGUGUUGAUUUAUUGAACGCCGAAGGUGUUGACUUUGUUACCAACACAGAAAUCGGUAAAACAAUAAGCAUGGAGGAGUUGAGGAACAAGCAUAAUGCAGUGGUUUGUGCUAUUGGUUCUACUAUCCCACGUGACUUGUCCAUUAAGGGACGUGAAUUGAAGAACAUUGAUUUUGCCAUGCAAUUGUUGGAGUCUAACACAAAAGCAUUGUUGGACAAAGAUCUGGCAAUCAUUCGUGAGAAGAUCCAAGGCAAAAAAGUGAUUGUUGUUGGUGGUGGGGAUACAGGUAACGAUUGUUUGGGUACAUCAGUGAGACAUGGUGCGGCAUCCGUUUUGAAUUUCGAAUUACUGCCCGAACCACCAGUGGAACGUGCCAAGGACAAUCCAUGGCCUCAAUGGCCACGUGUGAUGAGAGUAGACUACGGUCACGCUGAAGUAAAGGAGCAUUAUGGUAGGGACCCUCGUGAAUACUGUAUCUUGUCCAAGGAAUUCAUCGGUAACGAUGAUGGCGAAGUGACAGCUAUUAGGACAGUACGUGUAGAAUGGAAGAAAUCUCAAAGCGGCGUAUGGCAAAUGGUGGAAAUCCCCAACAGUGAAGAGAUCUUCGAAGCCGACAUCAUUUUGUUAUCGAUGGGGUUCGUUGGUCCUGAACUGAUCAACGGUAACGACAGUGAAGUGAAGAAGACCAGACGUGGCACUAUUGCCACACUGAACGACUCGUCGUACUGUAUUGACGGCGGCAAGAUGUUUGCAUGUGGUGACUGCAGAAGAGGACAGUCCCUGAUUGUCUGGGCCAUCCAAGAAGGUAGAAAGUGCGCUGCCUCCGUCGAUAAGUUCUUGAUGGACGGUACCACAUACCUACCAAGCAAUGGUGGUAUCGUUCAACGUGAUUACAAACUUUUGAAAGAACUAGCUAGUCAAGUUUAA